AUGACUUCACUGAAAGCCCUCAAAACAAACCUUGAAUACUCCAUAAAACUGCUCACAACAUGGAAUGUUGGCUUCUCCCUAUCACCCUAUUACCGCAUGGCAAGCACAGUGACCGACAAACUCAUCAAGGAUCUGACUAAAUACCUGGAUCAAUACGCAAACGAAGCCAGUAAGUCAUAUCCGCAUUAUGAUUAUAUCGUUUUCUUUGGCAACGAGGUUGAGAGGUUGCUUCUGGAUGUCACAAAGGAGAUGCUGAAGUCCUGUGACGAGGUUUCAAUGGGACCACCUGGUCUUAACCCAUCCGUCAAGAAAAAGUUGGAACUUGCUAUCCAACAUAUCUGGGUGUUAAGGGGGAUGAUUCGUCGUCAGCAAAAACCAGAAGGGCGUGAUGUGCUAACUUCUCGUCGCCGAAGGCAGCACUGUUUUUCUUAG